AUGCAUUGCCUUUGUGCUGCUGCUGGGCCAGACGUUGGCAGGUUCUUUGAGCGUCCUUUGUAUUCAUCUCGUCAGCAGCUUUUGUUGCUGCAUCGUCAGAAGCGGUAUCUGCUGUUUCCCGAGGGCAGCUCAUUUCAGCUGGUCUUUGAUUUAAUCAUACCCAUAGUGGACUACACCAAUUUCGCAAUUCUCGGCAUAACAUGCGCCGUUGCCUGGGAGUUGCCCAGCAAGCCGCCCAGCGAGCUGCUGGAGAACUUGCGCACCCGCCUGAACGAUGGUACCCUGGGCACUGUGCGACGCAACGACACCAUCCAGGACCAGACGGCCGCCGCAGAGCAGACCAGCAAUAUUCGAACCGCCAUUAAUUGGCAGGCCAUGCACGCGCAGCCAACCUCGGUGUCUGCAGCCAGUGCUGCAUCAGCUGCAGCGUCCACAUAUGCAUCCAAUGUCCACAGCUAUCCGUACUAUACGAAUGUCCACAGCGGCGCUGGCACUUCCGCUUAUGCAAAUUCGCCUAAUGGACAACAGAAUGCUGGGAGGCCGACUAAUUGGCAUGCGCGACAGUCAAUACCAAAGUGGCGACAGUGGGCAGCCGCCCCAACCCCCUACACGAUACGUGGCAACGCUGACCGCUGGUCAGACAAUUGGUGGCAGCGCAACAAAGAGAGGGUGCAGCAAAAUUGGCGCAAAAAGCAGCAACAGUGGAGCUCCUAUGACUACAGCUAUGCACAGCGUCCACGUCAGGUGUUGCAGCAACCACCUGAACAUCACAUUUAUCCCGUAUUCGGCAGACGGCGGCGACGACGACGAGAUGUGCAGCAUCAGCUAGCAAACGAUGACAUCAUGGACCGAGUGCACUUGCAGCAGCAAUUGAGUUCGCGUGGACUGCUCUUUAGCAAGAUCGAACGACUGUACAAAACGCGACAGCUGAAUGGGACAGCUUGCAUUCAGCGAGCACUUUGCGAAUCGGCGCAACGACUGGCACAUGCGACUACAGCUUCAGCUGAGCCUCAGAGCUUCAUUAUGGAGCUGGUGUCUGCCAUCUUUCAAUUACCGGGCGACAAUGAUGGCGGCGAAGUGCUGAGGCACAUCCCGCAGCAUUAUCUGGAAGCGCACCAGCAGCAAGGAAACUGCCAACAGAUUUAUGCCGAUUGCCGUCACACAUUUUGGAUGCAAUAA